AUAACUAAUAGCAGAUUUUUGUAAACUCACUAUUUACCACGUGAGAAUAUUAUUUGUUUGCAUGGUUUUGUUUCCAUACAGAUGUGUGUGUGUGUUUCUAUUUUUUACUAAGUAUUUUAUUCAUAUUAUGUGUAUAAAUAUUUAAAAUAAAAGUGCAAGUCAAUGUUGACAAUAACGUGCUACUGUGACGGCAAUUGUCCGAAUAAUAUUCAAAAUGGCACGUGUACCCUAAAACAAGGUGGUCAAUGUUUCAGUCAAGUUGAAGAGUUCCUAGAUCCCGAGACUAAUGAAUACAUCACCGAAGAAUCAUUUGGAUGUCUAUCACCAGAGGAAUACAGUUUUAUGCAAUGUAAUGCAAAUCUCGUGCCACAUUCACAUGGCAAGAGUAUUUACUGUUGCAAUGAUGCAGAUUUUUGCAAUGAAAACAAAAUCCCUCAAAUUAUAUCAAAAUCAACAAUUGCCCCGGAUCCAUUAGAAAUAAUAACACCCGGGGCACCAUUGCUUAUUCUAACAGCUGUAACACUAUCAAUUUGUCUUUUAAUUUUCAUUUUAACAAUAAUUAUGAUUUAUCAACGCUAUCGACGAAAGGAACGUGAUCCAUUUCUAAUGGAAUCAAAUCAGGAUCACACGCUCAAGGACUACAUUGAUCAAACAAGUGGUUCUGGUUCGGGUUUACCGCUACUUGUUCAGCGGACAAUUGCAAAACAAUUGGCACUUGAGGAAUGUGUUGGUAAGGGUCGUUAUGGUGAGGUUUGGCUCGCGAGAUGGAGGGGUGAAAAAGUGGCGGUCAAAGUAUUUUUUACACUUGAAGAGGCUUCAUGGUUUAGGGAGACGGAAAUUUAUCAAACUGUAAUGAUGAGACACGAUAAUAUCCUCGGUUUUAUUGCUGCUGAUAUCAAGGGUACUGGUUCGUGGACGCAAAUGAUGCUCAUCACUGAUUAUCAUGAACGUGGUUCAUUGUACGAUUAUUUGCAGACAAUUGUGCUUGAUCACACGGCACUUUUGUUGAUUUGUCUCUCGAUUGCUUCUGGUAUUGCUCAUUUACAUACGGAAAUAUUUGGCACACAUGGAAAACCCGCAAUUGCUCAUCGUGACAUUAAGACACGAAAUAUCCUCGUUCGGAGGAAUGGCCAAUGUGUUAUUGCUGAUUUUGGACUCGCUGUACGAUUGUUGAGCGAGAGUGGGAAAAUUGAUAUUGCACCAAACACAAGAGUUGGUACAAGACGUUACAUGGCACCGGAACUUUUAGACGAGACGUUGAAUACGUCUUCGUUUGACGCUUUCAAAAUGUCGGACAUGUAUUCAGUGGGUCUUGUACUUUGGGAGGUAUGUCGACGAUGUGCAACGGAUGAAAAAUUGACGACUGCAGAACCGUACGCACUACCAUAUCAUGACACUGUGCCUAAUGAUCCGGAUUUCGAUGACAUGAAUCUUGCAGUCUGCGUCAAAAAAUUACGGCCUAUUAUUCCAUUAAGAUGGGAAAAUGAUCAUAUUCUAUCUAACCUUGGGAAAUUAAUGGCCGAGUGCUGGAAUAAUAAUCCACAUGUUCGAUUAACUGCGCUUCGUGUGAAGAAAACAAUAUCGAAACUACGUAUCGAUAAUUCCAUAAAAAUCGUGUAAUCUCUUUUUGGGGAAAUAAUGACUGUGUAAUUAUUAUUUGCUUAUAAGUAUGCGACUAUAAUUAAUGUGAUCGUGUAUAGCUAUAAUUAUGACCCUAAAAAUGGCUGUGAAUUUUUAAAGCUUAUAUCUUGGGCUUGAACACUAAAAAAAAAAAAAAAUUGAUAACAAAACUUAAAAGUAAUUAAUUUUUGAAAAAAUUGUAAAUUAAAAAAUGUCGCUUUUUAUAAAUAUAGGAAUAGAAAAAAAUUUUUUAAAAAAAUUUUAUUGUAUUUUUAAGUUUUAAUAAAUAAUAUUUCUUCAGCACAUCUUUGUUAAAAAUCAUCGUGAAAUAAUUUUCAAAAAAAACCUCUUAGGUGAAUAAGAGCUUCCAAAUUAAUUUUUUCAAAUUAAUAUUUAAUAAUUUUAAAAAAGAAUAUCAUACUUUGAAAUUGAAAAAACAAAAUGUUUUUUGUUUAUUGAUAAAAGUAAUUUAAAAAUUUUUUUGUGUUCAAAACCCAAGAUAUAAUAAAUGGAUAUUAAUUGUUGUUUUUUGUAUUUUUACUAUAAACUAAAAUACAAAACUUUUUUUUAA